UACGUAAUCGACUUCGAGUUCUCGGAGAUCCUCGACCUCGGCCCCGGAGAGCAGACUGCAAUCGAACUUCCGCGCACAUGUUGGGUCGAAUGGUUCGGCCACACGCACCUCGACCCAUACUCGUUCGACGUCUGGCUCCUUGCGCAGUCUAUCUAUGCCCGCAAUUCCGAAGACGAGAUCACGACGGCGCCGUGGAUGCUCAGAUGGUAUUUCUUCUGGCUUCGGGGCAACGAGGCGGGAUGUUUGGGGGUGUGCAUUUGUCGUCCGACCGUGAGGCGCGCCCGACAAGUCCUCACGGGCAUGCGAAUCCUGGUGUACGUGGGGGAUACCUUAGCCGGGCUGCUCGGACUCCGCCCACUGUGCCGAAAGCUUUGG